UCAUUUUCUAGAAUUCCUACUGCUGAAAACUAGACUAGUCCUGAUUUCUACUUUCCCUUUGCCUGGAGGCUAAGCAAACAGUCAUCUAUCCGAACUGUCAACUUAAACACCACUUUCUUGGCAAUCAGCCUUCCUUUGCCCUUCCUAGUAUCUUAAAAUAAAUAAAUAAGUACAUAACGGGGGUGGAAAGCCAAGCCAAGAGCACCAAUUUGUGUCCUCGGUUUUUCAGACUUUGGGUUCGUGGCAGAGAAGCAGAAGCACUAGCCUAAUACUAGCAGCUGGAUCAAGCCAUACAGUUGCUUUGUCAGUACCUGAAGUAGUACAAUUGACUGUGCAAAGCUACAGAAGAUCCCUGCAAGAGUUUUCUGAGAGCCCGGUUAUGUCAAGAUGCAACAGCCUCAGGUCUCCUCACUCUCACACUGGUGGACCACAGAGCAUCACUGAAUGGCUGUCACUCUGUGAAAAGGAUCCAGUGGAGAUUCUCCUUGAUUUGGGGUUUGGUACAGAAGAGCCCGAUGUCUGCACUAAAAUCCCUGCUAGGUUCCUCUGUGGUUCUUCUGUGGCAAAAGGUAUUGACAUCCGAGUCUUUUUGGAAGCUCAAAAGCAACGGAUGGACAUUGAGCUGCCAAAUCUAUAUGGACGUUUUGGACAACUGGAAGUACUUGACCACAUCACCAGUGCCCUCUCAUCUUUGCUGACUGAUGUGAACACCCAGCAGACCAAAGCACAGGAAACUGGUGGGAAUGUGACCAGUCAUUUGAAUGCUGUGAAGAGCAGAUCUGUGGUCACACAAGCAAAGAGAAGAAUAGGUCAGCUCUUGAGAAGGGCUUCUCAGCAGACAGAACUACAGAAGCUGGCCUUGCUGGCACCUGAGGAAGUCAGCAUGCAAGGCACAGAAGAGCAACCUCACCUUUGUGUGGAUACUGCUGAGAGGGGACCAAUCCAGGCAGGAUUUUCUGCGCAUGUUACCUUGGGCUGCCUGACCCAGGAGCAAACUUAUAGAGACAAAGGUUCCUCAGCUUAUCCCAUAUCCCAGAGCCCACCAGCUCUGCCAGGGAAAGCCUGUGCUUCAUCGCAUUUAGUGAGAAAACAGCUCCUUUAUUCUCCAAGUGAGGUGCCUGCCAAAGAAAGGCCAAGAAAAGAGCCCCAUUUUCUUUUAGCCCAGAAGCUCAAAAAAUUGGCAAGUCUAAACUGCAGGCCUCCAGACUCAUUUGAAAUGGAAGAGAUUCAGAGCUUUGAGGAUGACAUUCCAUGUGGAAAUACUCCUGACACCACAUCAACAGAAAUGAUGGAGACAAGAACAAGUAGCUGCCAGUCAGACAGCAGUGGGUUCAUGGAAGAGCUGCCAGAACCCUUAGUACUACAAAAUGCAUCUUUGUCAGUAAAGAUGAAUAUUUUUUCUGAUCUCUACAACCAGCAAAUAUCUCUGUCACAUGCAACAGAGUUUCCUCUGUCAAAUCAAGAUUUCCAACAAAAUCAAGAUGAUUGUGUUGGUGAAGUCUUCAUCACAGCUCAUGAAAGCAUCAUGACAGUAUCUAGACCAACAGAAGCACACAGAGAUCAGGGAGAAGAGAUUUCCCUCCUGCCAGCUGCAGAAAAUGGCAAGCAUCAGGCCUGUAAUGCUGAGCUGCAGAGUUGUGUCCAAGACAGAUUAUGUGACAUGAAAGAAUAUAAAACUGAAAGACAGCAUCUUGAAAAAGAGGAGUGCAUAGAAGAGAAUGCUCCUUCUUUUAAGGGUGGCACUCAAGAUGAAGGAGAGCCUGUCUCAUCAGAAUUUCAUUGUCAGUUUUAUUUCAGUACAGGAUGUAAAAACAUGAAUGCAGCCCUCACUGAAUUGAGUGAUGCAAACCCUGUAUUCAUCACUGAGAGCAAGAUCAGAGAUGAUGAUGAAAGUGAGAGAGGCCUUAUGGAAGAGGACAGUGAAGUCACAUGUCGCAGAGAUGUCCACAGAGACUGUACAGAAUGUGGUGAAGAACUGUGGUGGGGUGUGGAAGUGGUCAUCAGAAAUGGUGCCCUGCUUGCAGCAAAGGAGGAAACAAACAGGCAAAAACUUUUUAAAAUGGGUGCUGAUGGGAAAAAAAUAAGAUGCUCCUCCAGAAGGGGACUCCCAGAAACUCUGACUAAGGGCCUUGCUGCUCCAAGCUGCUCUUCACAAGUGCCUCCCCCAUGCCAAGCAGAAGGGCCAGGGUUAUGUUCACCCAACAGUCAAGAGAUAGGGAGCACAAAGGAAAUGUUAGGCACUAAGAAACCAGAACUGGGAGACCCUGUCCAAAACUGUGAAAUGGCUCGUACUCCUCUGAGAUCUGUUACUGUUCAGAUGCCUUCAGGGCUGGAGUUUACCUCAAGGGUGAAGUGCAUGAGGCAAAAUCUUCCUUGCACUGAAAGCCUUGCAAAGGAUGUCCAUGUGGACUCGUCCAGGGUGUUAGUGCACUGCUCUGGGGUUGGUAGUCCCAUAUGGUCAGACCCAAGGGCUUCAGAGGACAGUGUGAAGCAGACCACUGACACUCCCAGCCAAACUGGAGAAAACAGAAAGACCGGGCAGCUGCCUGUGCUUUGCCCACCCCAUAGCCACCUGACAAAAUCAGCCUCCCUUGACACCAUGCUCUCUGGCAAAUAUAGGCCACACCAUUGCAGUGAAACCUCUGGAAUGAUGGGUGCACAGGGCAAUCCCUGCUGCCACUACUGCUGCUGCCAUUGCUGCUGCUGCUUAUGGACAUGUCCUGUGGCUGUUUCUCCCCAUAGCCCCAUGGGCUGCUGCUCAAACCAGGCUGCCAACAAGCUGCAUGUCUUGAGGACACUGUCGUUCCUGCAGGAAAAUGCAAUGAGAAAUCUUCCUCUGUGUACUCAUGAAAUAGAGCUGAUGAAGAUCUCCUGUCAGCACUUCCAUGAGAAGCUGGAUGAGAUUGAUCAGCACCUGACUGAACAGCAAGCACUGUUUUCCAAUUACAUGCCAGAAGAAGGAAGGGAGGAAAGCAGAAACCUGCAACGCCUAUGUCAAGCUGUUCGUCAGGAGAUGGCAGAGCUGGAACUCUGUCUGAAUGAUAGAGCUUACCAAGUCGGGGAGGGCAUCCUGAUGCAGCUGGACCAAUUACUGGUAGAACAAUCCCAUCUGUUUUCUGAGCUUGGACUUUCUGAUUGGAAGGGAGAAAGAAAUGCCCAGAAUAAACAAGCACUUCCAGAUGCUGCUGGUGCUAGAAGUGGGUGCUCAAAAGGGGUACCCCAAAAAGCUACUACCAAAAACACCACAGCAGCAGGCUCUCCCUUGACCCUACAGCCAGAGGCACCCUUAAUGCCACUUCCCACCAGGACAGUGCCUGAACCAAAUUCAUCCACACUGGAUCUACAGGAGCCCUCCAUCAGUAAAAAAGAAAUAAAAGGACCUCCUCAAGCAAAAACUGACUUUAAGACCUUUAUGCACAAUUUGAAGAAAUCUUUCCAAAAUCCUUUAGGUAAUGAUUCAGCAGAAGGGAAGGACCAAUGGAUGACUGAUGGAUUUUGUUUCUAGUAAUUGCGACCCUUCUCAUUCAAUACAUGGUACAUCUGAGAAACAAGUGAGCAAAACAUUGCUUUAUAGAGAGUUCUGAUCACAGUAAUUUCAUUUGCAAUGGGAUGACUGGCCAGGAAGAUAGGCAGCUAUAUGGAAUGUCUCAAACAGAGGUACUAUGUGUUUUGCUGUUCUGUGAUUGCAAAACUUACUACAUUCUUCUUGGCCAUCAUCUGGGUUAGGGCAGUUCUUUGAAAAGGAGAGAGCUUAGUUUUAGAAGAAACUUGUUAACUUCCAGAGGGUAUCCUCCUUACCGCCAAUUACUUUAAUACAGUCCUUCAGCCAAUACCAGUUCUCAAGCCCAAACUACGUUGCAUAGUCAUAGUCCCUUUCUAGCUUUUAACCUGCUACUAAAGCCUGAUUUGCCUCUGACUAAUUUUAUGAGUUUUGUAUCUACUCUCAGUACCAAAUCAGAAGCAAUGGUGUAGGAGACGUUAAACUAUCAAGCUGUCAAAACAUUACUGUGGAUAAUCUACUAAUUGUCCUAUUCAUUUUCAUAUUUGCUUCACAUAAAUAUAAUUAAACAAAAUGAGACUAGAAACACAGGAUUUACUACAUUAUAAAACUUGAAUCCGAAUCCUAGUUUAGUUUUCUGGGGAGUGAGUGAAGACUGGAUUCAUGCAAGAAAAAAAUAAAUAAGGAAAAAGAAAAUAAGAUCUCUCUGGCUUGAAGUACAGCAAAGAAAUCCAACUAGUUCAUUUUCAAAGCAGUUUGUGCUCCUGCUUUCGGUUUAGCUCUUCCCAGACUGUGAGAUGCCCUACUGGCUUGUUUAUUUAAUGCUCUGGAGGGAUCUUAGGUGUCAUUUAGGCUUUGGUGUUGCAAAUCACAGCUCUGCGAAGGUGCAAAUAGAAGUAGCAUUUGCACAUGUUCAAGAAGAAAAUUGAGUCAAACAUGCUGAGCAGCCUGGAGGCUUCCUGCACCUCAACGUUUCCACAGAUGUUCAAGGUAAUAAAAUGACUGGGGGAGAGAAGUUCAUAACACGUGAACCAACAAGAUCCUCCACAGCCUGCUGGGCCAUGAAUUUUACUGGUUGAAAUCUGCCCCUUUCUUGAAACUCCACAUGGGAUUCGUACAUCGCUUCCAUGUUAUCGAGUGUUUAGGAGUUUAUGUGUCAAGAUUUGUGACUAAUUCCUUUGAAGCUGCUGGGAUUUAUCCUGACAAUAAGCAGCAUGCAGACAGGACCAAAAUAACCUUCACCUCCAUUAGCUUAUGAACUGUGCUUGUAGACGUCAUGCUUCAGUUUCUUGAGGAAGGAACAUAAAGAACACAGUGAAGGAUAUACAGUGAUGCCUGUGCCAAAGGGCUCCUGGAAGAAAGGGCAAAGAAGCUUCCUUUCUUCACCAGCACUUGGGCUGUGAUUUCUCCCGUGAAACAAGAAUUCUUUUGUUCUUUGUUUUUCAAGGCAGCAUGCUAAGUAAAAUCUGUGUAUGGAUGUGUAUGUACCUUACAGACAUACGGUAUUCAUACCGUACAGGUUAUGUGAAUAAGUGGUGGUAUUGGUAGGUGACAGCUAUUCUUGAUCACAUGAGUCCUCUGAUGCCAUCUGAAGUCUACCAUCUGUGUUCACAAUCAGGACUGAAUUUGACUCCUAUUAACAAAACUUUCCUGUUUCCUGUUUGAAUAGUUUACAGACGAUUGGUAUGUGCAGUCCAGUUCUUCAUUUCAGUUUAACUGUAAAACAAUCUCAUGAAAGGUGUGGGGGAAUAAGGUUCCCCCAAAUGCAACACUGACAUCCAUAAAUACAUUAUUUCCUUGAUCAGGCUUGGAUUUAAAGAUAAAGAACCCUUUAAGCACAUGUGUUUUUAACAGUUAAGCUGUAACCUCAUAGCAAUAAAAAAUAUGCUAAGCAAUGUAAA